AUGUUCUCAGCAGAGGCCCCCCCCACAGCCCAGGGCUUGCUGGGACCCCCCUCCAGCCAAGCCUGCACCUUCAGCAGGGUGCCCGUCACGGCCUACGCCGACUGCUCGCAGCCCUUCCGGCUGGGCCAGCGCAGCUUCGGCCGGCAGUAUGCCCACGUCUACGCCGCCCGCCUGGCACAGAUGCGGCCCCUGCUGCAGCAGCGCGCACGCCGCAAGUGGGGGCCUGAGGUGGCCAUCAGGAAGCUCUGUGAGCUGCAUGUAGGAGAGAAGUGCUGCGUGGUGGGGACCCUCUUCAAGGCCAUGCAGCUGCAGCCCUCCAUCCUGCAGGAGAUCAGCGAGGAGCACAACCUGGUGCCUCAGCCACCCCUGCCCAAGUACAUCCACCCCUCUGACGAGCUGAUUCUGGAGGAUGAACUGCAGAGGACCAAGCUGGAAGGAGCUGUGGAGGUGCAGAGGCUGGUGACAGGGACCAUCUUUGCUGUGUAUGGCUCCGAGCAGGACAAUGGCAAGUUCCUGGUGGAGGAUCACUGCUUUGCUGACCUGCCCCAGCAGCUGCCCUGGGAAGGGCCCAGCUCAGACCAGUUUGUGCUGCUGGUGUCAGGACUGGGGCUGGGCAGUGGGAGUGGAGAGUCCCUGCUGGGCACCCAGCUGCUGGUGGAUGUGGUCACCGGGCAGCUGGGCGCGGAGGGCCAGCAGAGCUGUGCUGCCCGCAUCUCCCGCGUCAUCCUGGCUGGGAACCUGCUGAGCCAGAACACCCAGAGCAGGGACACCCUCAACAAGGCCAAGUACCUGACCAAGAAGACGCAGGCAGCAAGUGUGGAGGCUGUGAAGAUGCUGGAUGAGAUACUGCUGCAGCUUUGUAGCUCAGUGCCCGUGGACGUGAUGCCCGGUGAGUUUGACCCCACCAACUACACCCUGCCACAGCAGCCCCUGCACCACUGCAUGCUGCCCCUGUCCCGUGCCUACUCCACGCUGCAGCUGGUCACCAACCCCUACCAGGCCACCGUGGAGGGGGUCAGGUUUUUGGGGACCUCAGGCCAGAACAUCAGCGACAUCUUCAAGUACAGCAGCAUGGAUGACUACCUGGAGAUCCUGGAGUGGACGCUGCUGGCAGGACACAUCUGCCCCACAGCCCCAGACACACUGGGCUGUUACCCCUUCUACCAGUCCGACCCCUUCAUCCUCACCCACUGCCCCCACGUCUACUUCUGUGGCAACGCUCCCAGCUUCCAGUCCAAGCUGCUGGAAGGGGAGGCUGGGCAGAGGGUGCUGCUGGUGACGGUGCCAGCUUUCAGUGCCACACAGACCGCCUGCCUCAUCAACCUGCACAACCUCAGCUGCCAGCCCAUCAGCUUCUCUGGCUUUGGGGCCGAGGAGGACACUGGGAACGUGGAGCUUGGGCACUGA